UGCACUCACAGUGAGCCGGGUUGCCCGAACCCAUAUAGCUGGAUCUAUCAGCAUACCGCAGAGUUUGGGCAAUCCCAAUUCUAAGAAGGAUAACUGCACAAACGUGUAAUUGUAUAUUAGGCCACACAUACAGUGUAACAUGCAGAACCCCCCCAGAAGACACUGGGAGUUCAAAUGUAAGCAGGGUCGUAUUCUCUAUGUAUCUCCCAAAUGCAAAGGAAAAGGAAGGUAAUGGUAAAGGAAAAUUGCAAUGCUAAUUUAAUACAUAUACUCACACUGGUUAUUAAGCUGCGAACCAAAUAACCAAUAGAAAUGGACGGAAUAAUAAUGGUUGGGGUUCUAGAAUGAGUUUAUCACAUAAAGUACUGUUUAGCGUUCCAUUCAUUUGCUUCUCAUUAAAACGGUUUACCUGGUACAGCGCUUAGUUUUUUGUUUUGUUUGGCUCGUCUAUGUUAAGGACCAUUAGUUGUAUUUUCAUUCUUCUGGGAAUAUGUUAAUAUUGGCCAGGGGUCCUUUUUCCCACCUGCAUUAUGAAACUCAACUAUAAAUACAGGAUGCACCCUGAGCCUGCAAUCCCAGACAGCUCUGAGUGCUCUGUAAGGUAUGUACAACACAUGUGCUUUUAGCUUGGAAGAUGUAAACAGCCUCUGGAUAUUAAGGAAGUUAUGUCUCAUAAAAUCAGAUAUGUACAGGUAAUUUUCAGUGUUAUAGCAUAUGUAGCAUAUAGAGACUAGCUAAAGCAUUUAUUUUAAAGCAGAUGCGUUUUUUUUGUUAAUAACUGGGAUCUGUUUUGUUAAACAAACUACUUAAAAUAGACUAAUUUAAGGCAGCAUGGGCAGGUGGCAAGGUGUUUUGUUUUGUUAACUCUCCGUCAUUUUCCAGUGAUCGUCAGUAGGUUAAAGAGGCCAAUGGAUCUGCGAACUAUCCUGGAAGCUGUGUCCAACCUGCUUCUCAUUGCAGUGGGGAUCCCAGGAAACCUCAUCGUCCUGCUGGUGUUUGGCUACAUCGGUUACAAGGAGUGCAAACUGCUGCCUGCCGACAGCAUCGUCUUCAUGAUGACGUUUGUGCACCUGCUGAUAAUCCUCAACCGAGGAAUCCCACAAACCCUCUUUACACUGAACUACAGGGGAUUCUACAACUCCUCAACCUGCAAGUUUCUCAUUUUCAUCUACAGAACGACCAGGGCUAUGUCCAUGUCCAUGACCUUCCUCCUCAGCGCUUACCAGAGCGUCCUGAUCGCACCAGCCACCUCUCGGCUCUCGUACCUAAAGCCAAAGCUCCCCACACUCCUCCUGCCAUCCAUUCUCUUCUUGUGGCUACUGGAUGGGGCGACAUCCUUCCACUGCAUCCUGUACACAUCUCAGAUCCGGAACAUCACCACCCUCAAAUUCACCCUCAAUCUGAGCUACUGUAUUGUGGAGUAUCCUAGCGAAGCGUCCUACUUAGGGACCGGCACCAUGGUCCUCUUCAGAGAUCUCUUCUUCGUGUUUUUUAUGGUGGUCACCAGCUCGUACAUUUUGUUUGUUCUCUAUCGACACCGCCAGCAGGUAAAGGGCAUCCGGAGCUCCGAGCAGAACCAGCACACGCCAGAAAUGCGGGCGGCCAAAAUCGUGGUCACUUUCGUCACCCUCUUUGUGGUUUUCUUCGGAGUCGACAACAUGACCUGGAUCUACACCCUGUCUGCGCACAAGGUCCCUGCCGAUAUUAACAACGUGAGGGUUUUCUUCUCCUCACUCUACGCCUCUGUCGCUCCCAUAGUCGUGAUCGCUUCAAACAAGAAAGUCAACAGCAAGCUGCAGUGCACUAAGACGGUUAAGGUUUCUCAAUCCAAGACAACUAUUGUUUCCACUGAUUAGCCAUACUGUACUUAUUCCUCUGCUUCGUUGUUUACAGUAAAACCAGAUUUAAAGUGUCCCAAUAAAGGAAGAAUCCCUUCUAGAUAAUGUUUAUCAAACUGGUUCUUACUUCUUGCUUUAGCAAAUGAACCAUCAGCCACUCAUAAAAGAAAAGAAAAACUUUGAUCCAGUUUUAAUUGUUUUCUACAUAUGAAGAUACAGUAGGUUUAAAGCACAGAGUGAGGUUCUGAGUCAGUCCACCGUUCUCAUGUAUAUAUGUAUUAGGGGUUUUAAUCAAUUAAUAAUUAAUCCCACCUGUGGGCUUUGAUUGAUUAAAAAAUAAUUGAUUGCUUAAUCUUGUCUACCUGAGAGCAGGAUCAAAAAACUGUCAAAUUACAUGAAAGUAAAUAUAUGUAUAUUAAACAUUAGCUGGCAUUAUAAAACAUUUGCAUUAAACAGCAUUAUGUUAGUACUUGUAAUUGUCUUUCAAUACAAUUUCACAUCACUCGCAAACAGGUGUGAUAUAUCGAUUUGAAGCAGUUCCCACACACACAGGUGUAGUAUAUAUUAUUACAUGUAGUUUUUGACAUGCUUAUUGAGCCACUAUUGGGAAUUAACAAUGCUUACCACUUAGAAGAAACGGCAAUAAGAUUUCUAAUUGCUACUCUUAUAUAGGAUUGAUUGUAUAGUAUGUUUGUAUCUGGUUCUUAUGGUUACAGUACUGUUUCUAGAGAUAUUCAUAGUUGAGCUGUAUGAAGCAUACAC